AUGAGGAUCAAGCCUCUCACUAAAGUCCAUAGUCAUAGAGUAUUCAUCAGUUUCCGAGGAGAUCAGUUGCGUUACAGCUUUGUCAGCCACCUCCUUGACGUCUUUGAGAGACACAGAAUCCCUUUUUUCGUAGACAAAAACGAGCUAAGGGGUAAAAAUCUGACAAACCUCUUUGUAAGGAUCAAAGAGUCGAAGAUCGCACUUGUCAUCUUCUCAAGCAGGUAUGCGGAGUCAAGCUGGUGCAUGGAUGAGUUAGUGAAGAUGAAGAAACGUGCAGAUAAAGGAAAGCUUCACGUCAUACCAAUCUUUUACAAGGUUAGGGAAAGAGAUGUGAGAAGGCAGACCGGUGACUUUGGUGACAAGUUUUGGGCUCUUGCAAAGGCUUCUCGAGGAAACCAGAUCAAGGAGUGGAUGGAAGCCCUAGAGUGUAUCUCUAACAAGAUGGGUUUGUCCUUGAGAGACAAAAGUUCCGAAGCAGAUUUUAUCAAAGACAUUGUCAAAGAAGUUGUGAAAGUUCUAGCCACAAUUGGAUGGGAGGACACAGAACAUCAGUAUUGUGUCAACUUAUCAAAAAAUAAGAGGAGAAAGAUGCAUCAAUCUUCUCCAGAGUACAAGAAGAAAAAUCUUGAAAAUUCCCAUACGAAUUUCUCCAAUGCAAGAGGUCAAGAAGAGCAAAAUCAAGAAGUUCUGAUAUUUAAACGUACUUCAUCAAAUGAUUCAAGUUCCUAA